AUGGAGGGAGCACUUGAUGCAGAUGGUGUUGUUCAUGGUUUCCAGCGACUUCCGGACGUCAGGACAGUUAAGCCACGGGAACCACACAUCGACAAUGACGACGUGCCAGCAAUACUCGUGAUCCGCCAUGCGGAGCCCACGGAGCCCACGGAGAGCUGCUCAGCGCGGACAUCGUUGCUUUUUCCUGAGGAUGGGGGCCCAGAGCAGUACUUGUCGCAGGAGUUCCGCAGGUUGCUCGAGGAGCUUCUGCAGCAGCAUAUGCGCGAGGUGUCGCGGGUGGAGCUCGAGCUGGAAGCCCUGCGUCGAACGGGCCCAGCUCCAGACACGGAGGUUGGAAAGGAAGCCUCUUGGGAAGCCUCUUGGGACAGGAGCUCCGGCCGAUCAUGCCGAUCCGGCAACUCGCCUACAGAGAGCGCGCACAGAGCUGGGUCGCCCACCGCCGGGUCCCCGGCGUUGAAUACCGGGAAGCGAAAGAGGCGCACGUCGCAAGGACCCGAACUUCAUGCCAGCGAGCUGCUUGGUGUCUGGGAGGCGGACGAGUCUGCCGAAGCAGAUGUCGAAAAGUUUUUCAAAGGCAAAUCCAGCUCCGGUGUAUCCAAAGCACUUCUCGACAACGUCUCAGAGGAGUCCAAGACUAGUUCUGUUCUGGCUUAUGAAUACAGCCGCAAAUCGAGAAUAGAGAAGCUGCGUGACUGGCUUCAGUCUAACCAAUACGAGAUGCUCAUGGCUUCAGUUCUGCUACUGAACGUCUUGUGGAUGGCCUUCGAGCUGCAGGUCCACGGCAGCGAGUCGGGGUGGCUCAUUGGCGUGUCGGACGAGCCGCUAGUGCGCCCCGAAGCGAUGCCGAUGUGGGAUGAGGUCUUUUUCGUUGGCGACAUGACGUUUGCGGGCAUGUUCGCUUUGGAUGUCUCUGUUCGCAUCGUCGUUCUGCGCCUGCAGUUUUGGACCGUGUGGAUGAACUACAUCGAUGUGGCAGUCAGCGCCACCUCCUUGAUCGAGAUCAGUUUGUCUCACAUGCUCCGACUACCUGUGAGCCCGGUCCUCUUCCGUCUUCUGCGUAUCGGCAAACUGGCAAGAGCCAUCCGCAUGGUUACAAUGAGCAACGUGCUCGCGUCCCUGCAGCUGCUCAUCAAGUGCUUGGCUGCCAGCAUGAAUAUGCUCUUUUGGAGCUUUUGCCUGUUGACGUUCGUUCAAUGCGUCUUCGGCAUGAUCGUCAGCACACUGUGCCGUGAUUUCGUUACGGAUGAGAGCUAUGACCACGCUUGGAGGGAGGGUGUGUUUCGCUACUACGGCACCUUCACGCGCACCUUUCUUACGAUGUUUGAGAUAUUGUUCGCAAAUUGGAGUCCGCCUGCACGAGUGCUCGUGGAAAACUACAGUGAAUGGUUUUCGAUUUUUUUCUUGAUCUACCGGUGUGUCUUAGGAUUCGCCGUGUUAAAUGUUGUCAAUGCUGUCUUUGUGCAACAGACUAUGAAGACUGCCAGCUCGGAUGAAGAUCUUGCCUUUAAACAGAAGGAGAAGGAUGUGGCUAUGUACACCCGCAAGGUGAAAAAGCUCUUCCAGACGAUCGAUCUUUCAGGUGAUGGGACUAUAAAUCUGCAUGAGUUUGCCAAGCUGGUUCAAUCGCCAAAAUUGAAGUUCUGGAUGAGCCAGCUGGAGCUGGAGUACCACGACCUGAUGAGUUUGUUCGAAUUUCUCGACAACGGGGAUGGAGAAAUUACUUUGAUGGAAUUUAUCGAAGGUGCCUCCCGCCUACGCGGCGGCGCGAAGGCCCUGGAUGUUUGGCGCUUGGAGACGAAACUGGAGGUACUCUUCGAGGAGGUCUUGUCUUCCUUACGAUCCGAAUCGACUCCACUUCUGAACGGUGAUGCCGAGAAGGCCGUCGCUGCCGCCGCGUCCAACAACGUCCAGCUGGCCUUCGAAAAGUCCAAGUUUCGGCACAUCAAGAGUACAGCAGACGCUCGCCGAACUCAGAGCGAGAAGUCUCUGCAACAGGACUCUGAGGCACAGCCUACAGGGCCCCAUUUUUGA